AUGUUGGCAAGGAUACGAAGAAUAGAACCUUCACUAUGGACAACUCAAAGAUUAUACUCGAUUAAAACCACAGCUCGAAAGCAAGAGAAGGUCUCCUCGUUGUUGAAAUAUUUCAAAAAGACCAAACGAAGAAAGGACUUGACGGAUCCAACUCAUCCCAGUAACGUUACCUUUCUCGAAAUAUGCCAGUUUCUCAAAGAUUAUUCUCAAAAGACUCAUGCAAACGUUACCGACGUCGAUAUACAUAACCCUUAUGAUGUCGUCAAGGCCUUUUUACCAUUCCAAAGGCGUCUGCACAUUAUACCGAAUGUUAAAAUAUGGGGUGUAUCGCACAAUGGUGAAGGGUUGGCAAUCAUACCGAAGUCGAUGUAUGCCUCCGAGUAUGCUGACUCGGAAAAUGUACUUGGAAAGUAUACAGUGUUGAUGAUUCCGAAAACUGUACCCGGCGACAAGGUUACAGUUUUGCUUAAGAUGCAUCAUGAAUUUUAUGCUGAGGGGGAAUUAAUUGAGGUUUUGAACAAGGGGCUGCGAGACAGUAAGAGGAAUGAGCGAAUGAUACUAUGCAAACAUUUCCAAGAAUGCAAUGGGUGUCAGUUGCAGAUGUUAUCGUAUCCCGAGCAAUUGUUGUUUAAACAAAAUGUCAUUCGAAAGGCGUAUCAAUUAUUCUAUCCAAAUUUGAAACUUGAUCGCGAGUUGGGUGUAGUUAACCCUUCACCACUUCAAUAUUCGUAUAGAACGAAGCUAACUCCGCACUUUGAUGUUCGAGAUGGUAAAUGUACUAAAUUGGGAUUUCAACAUGUCAACAAUCGAGGCAAGAUUGAUGUUGGAAAUUGUCCCAUUGCUACUGUGGAGAUAAACGAGAAAUUGAAACAGGCCAGAGAUAAGUAUCUACACGGACCGCCAAUGAAGCAGUUGACUUUGAGACAAAGCAUGCGUGUUGAUCACAAUACUGGAGAAUUCUACGAGACUGCAUUGGAGGGGCAAUCAAAGGUCAUUACGGAAAAAAUCGAGGACUUUGUCUACCAAUUUGAUUCAAAUUGUUUUUUCCAAAACAACAAUUCAAUCUUGCCGUCAGUAUUGGACUACAUACGUCAUCACAUGAGGCAAUUGAAAACACCAGUAGAGAAUGUGGUGGAUACAUAUUGCGGAGUUGGAUUCUUUGGUAUUGCAUUGUCAAACUUUCAUGACAAAUUGAAUGUAUUUGGUAUUGAGAUUAGUGAAUCAAGUAUCAAGUAUGCAAAUCAUAAUAUGAAGGUGAAUGGGUUGUACCCUGAAAGGACAAGAUUCAUUUUGGGUGACGCUUCGAAUAUAUUUGGCAAUGAAGAGUUUGAAAAGAGUGGUAUAGAGGGAAAAGGAAGUGUUGUUAUAGUCGAUCCAUCUAGAAAGGGUUCUGAUGAGCUAUUUUUGAAACAACUUUUACAAUUCGAACCAGACAUGAUUGUUUAUGUUAGUUGUAAUGUGUUUACACAAGCUCGAGACUUGGCCAAUUUCGAAAAAUUACAAGGCGACAAUCAAAAAUACAGAGUGGAGGACAUCGUAGGGUUUGAUUUCUUUCCACAAACAAAACACGUUGAAUCAGUUGCUAUAUUGAAAAAGAGUGUAUCUACGUAG